AAACAUGGCUGUUGUGUGUCAUUUUCAACAAUAAUCAAUAAUUUUCACCAUUCAUCUUGACCUCCAUUUUUUCUAAACGAAUUUAUUGGUGCGAUAAUUUGAAAAAUUGGACCCGGUGCUUCGCUUCAGUUUUAACAGGAUCCUUUUAUAUUUAUUAUUUCCUAAUUCUUUUUUAGUUUGUUUUGUGUAAAAGAUGUACCUAUAGUAUGAUUUACGCUUGGUAUUCUGCUAAAAUGUGAUCUUAGGGCAAUCUAUUGCUUAAAGAUAGCGUAAACAGAAUUUUUGUCCUCAAGUGCUAAAAUUUAUUCGCGAUGAGGCAGUGUUGUGUUCCUGGGUGUAAAAACACCUCCAAUUUACGCAAGGUACCGUUUACGAAGGUAACUUGGAAGGCAUGGUUAGUUCGAUGUCCAUUUCUUCGCAAAUAUUCCCGUAAGUCAUUAGAGAAUGUUAAGAUUUGCGAACUUCAUUUUUUACCUCAACAUGUUAAAUCUCACAGACUAACGGCAGAUGCAAUUCCUACAUUGCAUCUGCCUAAGCAAAAUAUAGCUACAUCUUCUCGAAACGAGCAAUUUUUGGAAGUAUUUCCUCUUCAAUCUGGCCAACCUCUCAGUGUAAGAAUUGUUAAUCCAUCAGUCUCUCUGAUAGACACAGUUAAUGUUCAAACUGACUUUGAUUACAAUAAACAAUCUGUUUUUCCACCUACAAAUGAUCAAGUCCCAAGUGUUCAAAGUAGAGAUAUUACUGAACGUGAUUUUGAACCUAACAAUCAGAGUAUUGUUACACCAAGUAAUGAGCAAGUCCAGUGUGUGGCUUCUCAAAUAAAUAAAGAAACUACUGAACCUGAUUUUUACGUACAGUCUGAUUCUAUGACAGAUUCUAUAACUACAAAUGUAGUACAUUCCUGUAGUACAAGUACAGAAACUCAAAACCAAUCUACAGAGCCAGAACUAACAGUUGGUCAACUGAGUCCUCUUCCAUCUAACACCAUGCCUUCUGAUGUUAUAUCUGCCAUACAAAGAACUCCAGUACGUGUAAAAUCACAUUCUAGACGUCAUAAGUCCCAUGUAAAGUCAGAUUUAAUUCCUAGAGUUCGUUUAGGUCAAAAUGAGACCCCUCGUAAGCAAAAGCUACGUGUGGGGAAUGAAAUGUUAAAAAUGAUGACCCAAAUAUCUUUCAUUAUAUGAUAGACAAAAAUAAAUUAUACCACAUGUAUGAUGUUCCGCACCUACUAAAAUGCUUUCGCAAUAAUUUCCAGAAGAAGGACUUGCUGAUUGGAACCCAGCGUGCGCAAUGGAACUACAUCGAAAUGGUGUAUGCUUCAGAUGGCGCACAGGGUCGUGCGAGAACUACCAAAUUAACCGACAAGCAUAUUAAACCAAACUCUUAUGACAAAAUGAAGGUCAAAUUUGCUGCACAAGUCUUCAGCAGAGAGGUGUUUGCAGCCUUACAGAACAGGAUGAAGACAUAUGAAGAUCUGCAAUUAGUACAUAAUUAUAGUGUUCCAUCUGUGAACAUUGAUAAUGGUUUCUUCACUGCUGAAAUCAUCUUAUUCAUUAACGAUUUGUUUGACAGCCUGAACUGUGCCGGUCAUACUAGAGGCGAACUAUCUAACGCUUUGUCCUUGAAUUCAACUCAUUUAGAAUUUUGGAAUAAUGCAUUGAAGAAACUACAAUCAAUGAAAUUUGACGCAACAGACUCAAGAGAAAUACAUAACAAAUUUUAUACAAAAAAAAAACAGCUGUUGAGUUUCUUGCCGGUUCUUCUCAUGCAUUCCGAACCGGUGGUAGUGUAAAAAGAUUUUUAAUGAAAAUACAUUUUUUUCACUGAAAUUUUGUUUACUUUUUCGCAAAUUCCAAGCGUUUCGACCUCAUCUAGCAUGGUCUGUGAUCUCUAGUUUUACACGGAUUAAUGGUCUGUGGUUUUACUACGUCACGUCCUUUUCCGGCCUCCCACCCCACUGAACUCUCGUAAACGUAGAAUUGUAAGAAAGAGA